CAGCGGGGAGCCGAGCAGCCAGCCGCCGGCGGAGCCGGGACCCCCUCCCGCACUUCUCUCCGACCAUGCCGGACGAAGCCACGGAAAACGCCGGCUCCACCUCCGCCCGCGUCUCGUCCUUCUUCAUCGAGGACCUGCUGGGCACCGAGGGCUCGGCGGGCGGCGGGGCGCGGCGGGCGGCGGCGGCGGGCGGCGGGCGCGGGGGGCCGCGCUGCGGGCCGCCCUCCCCGCUGCGCAUCGGCGCCCCGGGCUGCCCGCUCCGCGACGCCGCCGUGGGCUGGUACCGCCGGGCGCACGCCGCCUUCCUGGGCUGCGCCAGCCCCGACACCAGCGACCGGGACUCUCCGGAGCUGCCCGAGGAGCCGGCGGAGCGGGCGGGCGGCGGGCGGGCGGCGGGCAGAGCCGCGGCGGGCGGGCGGCCGGGCCCGGGCGGCCGCGAGGAGGAGGAGGAGCGCGGCGAGGAGCCGGGAGAGCCGGAGCAGCGCAACGCCGGCCGCAAGAAGAAGACGCGCACGGUGUUCAGCCGCAGCCAGGUGUUCCAGCUGGAGUCCACCUUCGACGUGAAGCGCUACCUGAGCAGCUCCGAGCGGGCCGGGCUGGCCGCCUCGCUGCACCUCACCGAGACGCAGGUGAAGAUCUGGUUCCAGAACCGCCGCAACAAGUGGAAGCGGCAGCUGGCCGCAGACCUGGAAGCGGCCAACCUGUCCCACGCCGCCCAAAGGAUAGUGCGGGUCCCCAUUUUGUACCACGAGAACUCGCCGGCGAGCGCCUUGGGCUUCACCCUGCCGCACAUGUCGCCCCCCUUGGUGGGCUUCUCCAGCGGCGUCAGCUACCCCCUGGGCACCUUCCCCGCCGCCUCCCUCCCUUUCCUACGGUCGCAGAUGACAGGACUCGUCUGA